AUCUCCUUCUGCUUUGAUAACAAAGAGAAGAAGAAAAAAAAACUCAAUUCCAGAUAAUCGCACUAUUUUCGCGCUCACUUGUGUGCGUUAUAUUUGUAGUAUGGCGAUAACGAUAACGUCGUUUGUACACAAGGUUUUGAUACAUAUUGUGACUCUGCCCCUGUGACCCCACGAAAUUAAAUUGUGAUUUUGGAGUUUGUAGGAUGUCCGUGGAGAUGACCUUUAAAAUAUAUGUGAAGCCACAGACUGUCACCUCCAUGGUCUCCUCUAAAUUCCAUCAAACUGUGAUGGCGAAACACGAAAGCAGAUUGCUGAGCAGCAAUGAGACAUUUAAGCUGAAAAAUUGUCGAUGGAGGGGCCUCUGAGUGUUUGGACGAAUUGGAUCACAGGUUGGCAUUACUGUUGGGUGGUAUUGGACGAACGACUGGGCUCGCUCUAUCGCUUCAAGUCACAUGCAAAGCGGAAAGCAGGUCUGUCGCUUCUCACACGUCUUUCAGGCAUCCGUCUAUUGGGAGCCAUCGUCACCAAAGACCCUGAGGAUCCCUGCGGAUUUUCUAUCACAUCAGAAGGAAAGGAAUAUCGGUUUCAAGCUCCGACUGCAAAUAACAGAGACGCUUGGGUCACAGAACUGGAAGAAGUGGUACUCCGACAGAUGGUCUGCCACAGAGCAUAUCACAUGUGGGAUCGCCGAUACAUUGGCCCAACCUUGGCCCUGAUCAAUGCGAAGCUCCAGGACGCCAGCCUUUUGUAUGACGAACUCGCAGUUUGCGCAAAGGAACUCGACGGCCGUGUGUUUGUACUGACAUCCGAAAAAGAGAAAGCACAGCUCAAUGCAGUACUUCGUGACCUGCUUGCAUUCCUGUCCUGCGUCAGGUCAGCAAUUAACUUGCUGAUGCAGUUGAAAGAAAUGAUUUUGCCGGAUUUCCUGGCUCAGCUGGACACUCUUCCGCCACGGAAGAAGACCGUCACAAUUCUUAGCUUCCUCAAGAAACAAGUUGAUCCUAUGUCCAUACUUAUGCCUCAACGCUCCACGAGCACGUCGAGCACGGAAGCGAGCCCGUCACCGAGUCGUACCACGCAGGUUCCUACGUUCCAACUUGACACGGCUGCUCGUCAGUCUUCCGAGGGCACUGCCUCAACAAAACGAGCGCGUACCACUCAACCAACAUCCGAUGACUCUGGGCCCUCUGUGUCAGAGUCGUCUGGCUCCGUGAGCAACUUUGUUUCGCCGCACGACAGCGUUCCCGAGAUGAGUCACGCAGGUCGUACUCCUCACAAAGAAACAAAAAAGGACAUUCAGAAAGGCCCAAAGACGGCUGCCUCGACGAAGAAGCUUCAAGAAAAAUCACCCGAGAAGCUGCCUUCCGCUUCUCUUCCUGCUGCAAGCAAAGAAGAUUCCAGCACCAUGCAAGGUUUGAGCGAGACCGUGCCACAUUCGGGAAUCACUGCAGACAGUGCGGACAGCUUGCGCGACCUCUGCCGAAUGGCUCGCUAUGGGACCAGCAUGCUGAAGACCAAUUACCCCAUACGACUCAUCCAGCCCGAGUCACUGCUCGAGUCGCUCGCGAGGCUCUUUGCAUCACCUCACUAUUUUGCCAGUAUACCACUCAAGAGCAAGGCCUCAGAACGCAUGCUGGCAGUUGUGCGCUGGUAUAUGUCGGCUCUCUUCAACGUUAAGCGUGACGACGGCAUUCUGAAGCCCUACAGUCCCAUCUUGGGGGAAAUUUUCCGCUGUUCCUGGGGUUUUGAGUAUCAAACUCCAAAGAGCAAACAUGAAGAGGUGGCAAAAUCUGGACCAGUACCAAUAGCUGGCAGCAACGAUCUGGCUUUUGUGGCUGAACAAAUUUCUAUCUGGCCUCCAAUUUCCUGCAUGUACUGCGAGCAUGCUGAGAGCGGCCUCUCCUUUGUGGGACACGUGGUGCCACAGGCAUUCUGCGUUGGAACGUACAUGCAGGUGCACAUGGCAGGACAGGGCACCAUUUCGGUGUUGCCGUAUUCGGAGGCAUACACUAUGGCGUUUCCCAGUAGUUGCAUCAGAUCUGUGGACACUUCGCGACCCUGGUUUGAAUUCUGCGACAGCGUCACCAUCUCCUGUGCCGAGUCAGGUUACCAUGCGAAUAUAAAGUUUCUUGCAAAACCUCCACGUGCAGAUAGCCAGAAGCACAGGGUAUUCAUUGAAGUGUUCAACUCGAUAUUCAAGAAACCAUUUAUAAGAAUCCAAGGAUGUUGGAACGGAAUGAUGGACGCUCAUUGGGCAUCAGGGGAAAUUGAGCAUUUUUUCGACGCUGAAGACCUGAGACUCCGCAAACGGCAACCCGAGCAUUACAUAGCCACCGAGGGUGAGGAGAGCAAGGACUCUCAUUGGGUUUGGCGCAGCGUAACAGUUUCGUUGCAAAUUCGUAACUUCAAAGAAGCAGAGAAGCAAAAACGGGACAUUGAAAAUGCUACAAUGAAAUUGCAACGCCUGUAUGCCAAGAAAGGUUCCAAGUAUGAGUCUCAGCUGUUUGAAAAAGCUGGGGUUGGCUAUGUGUUCAAGCAAAACUUGAAAAGCAGGAUGAAUUCGCCGGAGAACAGCUGAAUGUUUUCUAUCUUGCAGCCCAGUGCCAUGCUCCAGGCAUGAACUAAAUUUCAUUUUUUUUUUUUCUGAAACUACGAGUAUAUUUUUAGGUGGACUUUGCCUGGUAUACUAAUUUUGUGUAAUGAUGCAACCUUUCCUUUUGUCUAGUGUAACUAUGACUGCAUGUACCCAGCCAUCUAAAUAAACAGUUGUUUGGCAGCAUUUUUAUCA